GCCUCCAUCUCCCCUGUGUCCGUCUGGCCAUCUGGCCGCCCGCUCAUCCGCUCGCUCGCUCGCUCGCCAGUCCAAUACCUCUCAGAUGGAGGAACGCAACAGCAACCAGCUCAAGGACUUUUCCUAUUGCCUCGUGGGCGAUCUCUCGCUCUACCUCCGUGUCAAAGUAUGCUUCUUCCAAGGCUCGCUGACCGGCGCUGAGCCGUCGCUGGUCAUCAGCGACCCAUACCUGAGGCUGUGUCCAGAAUUGUCGCCAAGCGAUACCUAUGUCACCUUGCAGCUCUUUGCCGACAACAAGCCGCUCUCCAUGCCCAUGCGGACCCGAUACCAGAGCUCCCAAUCAUGGAACGAGUGGCUCGUCAUCCCAGUGAAAUAUCGGGAUUUGCCCCUGAGCUCGGCGUUGUCCUUUACCGUCUGGGCCAUCCAUACGACAAAGAAAGCACGACCCAUCGGCGGGUCUACCGUUCCUCUAUUCGAAGACAGCCACGUGCUCAAGAAAGGAAGACACAAGCUCUAUCUGUUCCCCGGUGUCGAAGGAGACGGUCUGGUCAAUACAUUGACACCAUGCAAGCUGGACGAUAAAUCGACACCCAUGGAUCGUCUCGAAACGCUGAUGCGAAAGUACGAACAGGGCGACCUGCCGAAAUCCCAGUGGCUCGAUCAUCUAGCCUUUCGCGAGAUCGAGAAAGUCAACAGCAAGGAGACAAUGAGCUCGAAAAACAACUAUCUCUAUGUUGAGUUUCCACUCUUUGACUUUCCGGUGGUGUCCAACGAAAAGCAAUACAGCCUUCCGCCCAGCAUUUUCCCCAGGGGCGAGACCGAUUCUCCCGGUAUAUACGACCCGGAAAUGUUCCGCGAUAAUCCCGUCGAAGACAAGCACCGCCGGCUUGUUCGAAGCCAUCGCAAUGGACCACUCGAUCGCGACCUGAAACCGAAUGCGAAGCUUAGAGACGAUCUGCAGCGAGUGCUCAGGUAUCCGCCGACCCAAGCGCUUUCGACCGAAGAGAAGGAUUUGCUGUGGAAGUUCCGGUUCUAUCUAACAAAGGACAAGAAGGCUCUGACAAAGUUUCUCAAAUGUGUUGCUUGGUCCGAUCCUGUCGAGGUCAAGCAAGCCACAGAGCUCCUGCAUGGCUGGGUCGACAUCGAUAUCGAAGACGCCCUUGAGCUUCUUGGGCCCGCAUUUGAGGACACCAAAGUUCGGCACUAUGCGGUCAUGCAGCUCCACAAGGCAGACGAUGAGGAGUUGCAAGUUUAUCUAUUGCAACUUGUGCAAGCUCUCAAGUUCGACGGGCAGCUGAAUCGCAAGGCAAAGCUCGAGUCUCCUCUCGCAGAGUUUUUGAUUGAUCGCUCCAUCAAGAAUCCACUGCUGGGCAGCAGCUUCCACUGGUAUCUCAUGGUCGAGUGCGAAUGUAAGACCUACGGCAAGAUGUACGGAAAAAUUGCCUUUCACUACAUGUCCACGAUGACCGAGAUGCCCGAUGGCGCCAACAGACGCAAUGUCCUAAAGCGGCAAGGAGAGUUGAUUGCGGUGCUCCACAAGCUCUCUCGGGAAGUCCGAAAUCUUCGAGAGGCACGCACAAAGAAGAUCGAGAAGCUCAUCAAUUUCAUCGCAGAUCCCAAAAAUGGACUCUUGUCUUUCCCGCCAAUGCCGCUCCCGCUUGACGCCAGUGUUGAGAUCACGGGCAUCAUCCCAGAAAAGGCCGGGGUGUUCAAGAGUGCCCUGGCUCCGCUCCGGCUGACCUUUACCUGUCUGGACGGAUCUGAGUAUCCUGUUAUGUUCAAGACAGGCGAUGAUCUGAGGCAGGACCAACUUGUCGUCCAGAUCAUCACCCUGAUGGACAAGCUGCUGCGCAAAGAGAACUUGGAUCUCAAGCUGACGCCAUACAAAGUGCUGGCCACUGGAUCGGACCAUGGCAUGGUGCAGUUUAUAUCCUCGCUGCCUCUGGCGACGGUGCUUGCCGAGCACAACAACAACCUGAUCACCUUCCUGCGUGAGCAAAACCCAACGGGCGGUUCCAUCAAUACCAUGGGCCUCCCUCCCCAAGUCAUGGACACGUAUAUCAAGAGCUGCGCUGGCUACUGUGUAAUCACCUAUCUACUUGGAGUGGGAGACCGCCACCUCGAUAAUCUGCUCUUGACUGGAACUGGAAAUCUCUUCCACGUCGACUUUGGCUUCAUCCUUGGACGCGAUCCCAAGCCGUUCCCGCCGCCGAUGAAGCUCUGCAAGGAAAUGGUUGAGGCCAUGGGCGGAGCAACGUCGCCGCACUAUCAAAAGUUCCAGAGCUACUGCUUCACGGCAUUCAACAGUCUCCGCAAGUCGGCCAGUUUGAUCCUGAACCUGUUUUCGCUCAUGGUCAAUGCCAACAUCCCUGACAUUGCCAUCGAGCCCGACAAAGCUGUGAUGAAGGUUCAAGAAAAGUUCCGCUUGGAUCUGACCGAAGACGAGGCCAUGCAGUACUUCCAAGGCCUGAUUCAGGAGAGUGUCAGCGCGCUCUUCCCACAGGUCAUUGAGAGAAUUCAUCAGUGGGCCCAAUACUGGAGGCAGUGAGUCGCCAAGCAUCAUACCAACGGUACCCGAUGCGACAAGUCGCUCACUUUGUGAUGAGCCAAGGCUUGCCAGUGUGAACCCGAAAAUAUAGUUCGUGCCGCAAGAGAUGAGACCGGAGAGUCAUCAUCCGGUCUCGGAAACAGAGCGUCCCGUUCGUCCCGGAUGCGCUAUCACGUCAAUAUCAUCCAGU